AUUAAAAACAGUUCCUACUAUGAUCUCUCACCAACAUAUAAAAAGAGCAUUAUUCUACUAUGGACCUAUAGAAACAUUGGAAGACAAAUUUAGAAAUCGUCAUAAUUCUUCUCAGGAUGUAAUUAUCAUUUUUAAAAGACUCACAAAACCACAUCAAUUAAACUUAGCCUAG